AUGGCGGUAGUGGAUGAGGUUGAGGAGGCAGACAAGAGAUUAGAAAUGAAUGAUCUUCGUUGUAGUAUUGCAUCAGUUACUACACUUGGUAGUGGUGUCGCUCCAUCUAAUACUAAUGAUAAGAGGAGUGAGGAUGUCCUUUUAAAUGAGGAGACGAGUCCAAAUAAAGAGAAUGAGAAAUGGGGGGGAAAAUUAUCUGAUAAAAAAGUCUCUUUGGAUCUUCAAACUCGAUGGAAUUCCACUUAUGAAAUGCUUCAUAAUGCUUUAGAGAUGAAAAUAGCAUUUGAACGUCUGGCAAAAUUGGAUAACAAUUUCAAUACUUUGCCAACAGAAGAGAAAUGUGAGAAGUGCCAAAAAAUUGAACAGUGUUUAGAAGAAAAGAGCAAAGAUGAUUGUAUUAGUUCUAUGGCCAUCACCAUGAGAUUAAAAUAUGAGAAGUAUUGGAAGGGUUUUAAUUUGUUUAUGGCGCUCGGGGCUAUUCUUGAUCCUCGCUACAAGAUGACACUCAUUAGAUUUUGCAUGCGUAAGAUUUGGGGCAAUUAUGAUGCUGGACAUUAUAUUUCACAGAUCAAAUUUGAUGUGACAGACCUCUAUGCUAAGUAUGUAAAUAAGUAUGGUAGUUCUUGUAUCCAAUAUGUUGGAGAUAUCUUUGAAAAUGUUGAUAAUUGUAAAGAAUUUUGUGACGGAAUUUCUAAGAGAAAAAAAAUAUAUAAUGAUGAUUUCAAGAAAUAUUGGACAACUAAUGGCCCCAAGUUUCCAAUCCUUUCUAGAAUGGCUCGUGAUAUCUUGGUAGUUCCAGCUUCAUCAGUUGUUUCAGAAUCUGUCUUUAGUGUUGGAGGUAGAUAUAUUACUGAAUCCCGCUCAUCGUUACUUUCGGAAGUUGAUGAAGUUUUUAUUGCUUAA